AUGGAGAACAACGACAACACGGCUGACAGACCCAGCAAGCGCAAGCGAGAGGACGCCGGCUUUACGCCGGAUGCCGACGCUGGCGCAGUCACGCAGGAUAAGCAGCAGCAGCAGGUGCUGCCGUCACAAGAUCUCCUGGAGCAAAUGGCCACGCAGGACGACAACCACCCACCGGCAAGCGGGGACCAAGACGUCACGAACGAGGCCAUCGGCCGUGCGCUAGAGGCAUACAUAGCCAAGCUUCGCGCCUAUUCGGCGGUGAUAUGCGAGUCUGACACCUCGCGCGAAAACAAGCUGGCAUGGGUCGACACGUUGGUAGGUCUGUACACCGACCUCAAGGACUGGUAUGGCCCCGUGUGCGACGACCCGUGA